UUGGGUUUGGGGUCGCCGGACGCGAGCGCGGCGGCGAGGUGUCAGCUCGCGUUCGCGUCGCGCGCGUGCGAGCGGUUGCGCGAACGGUCGAACGACGACGCGACGCGCGUGCGGUUGAAGGCGUACGAUCCGUGCUUUACGAUUGUGGACGAAAAGGUGCUCGCGGGCGACGGCGACGAAUGCGAGACGUUGACGCGGGAAAGGUGCGACGAGUACGUGUCGGCGUCUUCGUCGACGAGGGAUGAGUUGGUGGUGUUUUACAUGCCGCAUUGUGAGGGACACUUGUACGAAGACGUCGUUCGCGCGCGUUGGAGCGUGGGCGCGUUGAGAGAUUUAGUGUGCGUCGGGAACACGUUUGAGACGUACGCCGAUCGAUGGCGAGCGAAGAGCGCGGAUCCCGAGAAGAAGCGACCCUCGCACGUCAUCGCGGCGUCGUCCAUCGCUCGCGCAUCACUGCUUGAUCCGGGGGAUACGUUUGCCGUGCAAGGCGCGUUCAACGACACGAGCGUGCAAACGUUUGAGUUGGAGAGCGAUGAAGAAUUACCAGCGGUGGUUGACGCUUCGUGA